GGUUGUUGGAUCAUGGAUUUUGGAAGAACCCCUUUCCUUUUCAUUGGUCAAAUAUGAUGACCCUGUUUUUGUUUUGUUCGUCUCUCUCACUACUCUUCAAUUUUAUAGUGCGUUCGGUGAAUUGUUUUAAAAAAUUAAUUAACGUCCCCUUUUGUGUUUGGUAGCCCUUUGAAAAUUGCUUCUCAUCUCCAGUUCCUCCUCUUAUUCUACCUACCAUCUUCACCGUUUCGGCCUUACCGAGCCCUUUCUCUGUCUUCCUCCCUUUAUAAACACCUUCCUCACAUUUGAUUCUCAUCUCAGAGUUCCUGACUUCGAUCUCUCUUAUUACACAAUACCCUGUUUUCGGAGUGUUUUAUAGAUUCCAUAAAACCCCUGCAAUGGCUCUUUCCAAUGCUGCUGCUCUCUCCUCUUCCAAAUUGAUCUUCAAUCCCCUUGUUGAACCUAAAUCUCACCAACCCACUUCGUUUCUUGUUCCGUCCAAGACCUACCCCAGGCCCCACCAACGGAUCUCCGCCGUCCACGCUGCAGAGCCGACCAAGGACAAGGUUGUCGUUGAGAACCCCCGUAAGAAGCCGGUGACGGCGCCGUCCAGUAAUGAGAAAUGGAGUUUGGAGAGCUGGAAAUCGAAAAAGGCGUUGCAGCUUCCUGAGUAUCCCGACCAGGCUGCUCUCCAAUCUGUUCUCAAAACUGUGGAGUCAUUUCCUCCUAUUGUGUUCGCUGGUGAGGCUAGGAGCUUGGAGGAGAGGCUUGGUGAGGCCGCCUUGGGCAAGGCUUUCCUCUUGCAGGGUGGGGAUUGCGCUGAGAGUUUCAAGGAGUUCAGCGCUAAUAAUAUUAGGGACACAUUCAGGAUUCUUCUCCAGAUGGGUGUCGUUCUUAUGUUUGGUGGGCAAAUGCCUGUCAUUAAGGUGGGAAGAAUGGCUGGUCAGUUUGCAAAGCCGAGAUCAGAUCCUCUUGAGGUGAAGGAUGGAGUAAGUCUGCCAAGCUACAAGGGGGACAACAUCAAUGGCGAUGAUUUUACUGAGAAGUCAAGGAUUCCAGACCCCGAGAGGUUGAUUAGAGCUUACACCCAAUCUGCUGCAACUCUCAACCUUCUCAGGUCCUUCGCCACCGGAGGAUAUGCUGCAAUGCAAAGGGUCACCCAAUGGAAUCUUGAUUUUGCUGAAAACAGUGAGCAGGGAGAUAGGUAUCACGAACUUGCUAGUCGUGUUGAUGAGACCCUUGGAUUCAUGGCUGCUGCUGGACUCACUGUCGACCAUCCUAUUAUGACAACAACUGAGUUCUGGACCUCUCACGAAUGUUUACUCUUGCCUUAUGAACAAUCACUUACCAGACUGGACUCAACAUCUGGUCUUUACUACGAUUGCUCAGCUCACAUGCUUUGGGUUGGGGAACGAACCCGACAACUCGAUGGUGCCCACGUAGAGUUCCUUAGAGGGGUUGCUAACCCUCUUGGAAUUAAGGUAAGCAACAAAAUGGAUCCAAAUGAGUUGGUUAAACUUAUUGAAAUCCUGAAUCCUGGUAACAAACCAGGAAGGAUAACUAUCAUUGUAAGAAUGGGUGCUGAGAACCAGAGAGUAAAGCUUCCCCAUUUGAUUAGAGCCGUGCGAAAGGCAGGGCAAAUUGUGACGUGGGUCUGCGAUCCAAUGCAUGGAAACACCAUUAAGGCACCAUGUGGCCUCAAAACUCGUCCAUUUGAUGCUAUUCUGGCCGAGGUCCGAGCAUUCUUCGAUGUGCACGAGCAAGAAGGGAGCCAUGCUGGAGGAAUUCAUUUGGAAAUGACCGGACAGAAUGUGACAGAAUGCAUUGGAGGAUCCCGAACCGUAACGUUCGAUGACUUGUCGUCAAGAUACCACACACACUGCGACCCAAGGCUGAAUGCUUCUCAGUCUCUUGAGCUUGCUUUCAUCAUAGCAGAGAGGCUUAGGAAGAAGAGGAUUGGAAAGCAAAACCCUGUUUCCCCAAGCUCAUUUUAAACAGAUGGAGAAUUCACUUGUGAAUGAUGAGUCUGAAGCUGCUGGUACUUGCCACAAACUUAAUGCAAUGCACAAAUGGCAGGAUGUAAUGUUGAGGAUCAUAUUUAGUUUUGAAGGAUGGGAGUAUUUUGCUGUGGAGAAUAAGUGAGAACUCCAACCAAGGAGCUGGAGGCUCACAAGUUUAGAAUACGUGUUUGAGCUUCAUUUAUUUAUGAAUUUCCCCAAUUAUGGGCUCUGAUUUAGAUUUUGAAGAGUUCUUUGUAAACAAAACUUAAUUAAGCAUUGAAAUGAAACUUGCGUAUUUAUUGAA